AUGGCGGACUCUCUCCCCCAAACUCCCUGCCAUGACGAAGUCUCACCCUUGAAGACCAAGGGGGAGAUUGACGAGGUUCGCCUGGAAGCGGCCCUCGGUCACAAGCAGGAGCUGACGCGAAACUUUGGACUGUGGAGUUUGACAAGUUUGGGCAUCGUGAUAGCCAACUCGUGGGCCUCCACAGGCGGUACAAUUGUUGCAGCGUUGCAGAAUGGGGGCCCGAUGGCUGUGAUCUAUGGGUUGAUUCUGGUGAGCAUCUUCUACACGGCGAUCUCGGCAUCACUCGCAGAGCUGGCCUCGUCGAUGCCAUCCGCCGGAGGAGUCUAUUACUGGUCGUCAGUUCUGAGUCGAAGCCGUGGACGCGGCGCCGGAUUCAUCACCGGAUACUUCAACGCCUUCGCCUGGCUCCUAUCGGCGUCAUCGAUGAGCUCCAUCCUGGGCAACGAGGCCGUCGCCAUGUUUCUCCUCAAACAUGGCAAGAUCGACUGGCGCUCUUGGCAAGUGUUUAUCGUUUUUCAACUCGUGAAUUGGUCAUGCUGCGCGAUUGUCUGUUUCGGUAACCGAUUCAUCCCAUUUCUCAAUCGUAUCGCCUUGACCCUCUCGAUGGUCGGAUUGACGGUGACGGUGGUUGUGCUGGUCGUGAUGCCCAAGAAACAUGCGAGCAACGCGCAAGUUUGGACGGAAUAUCACAACAGGACCGGAGGCUGGUCGGACGGAGUGUGCUUCAUGACUGGAUUGCUGAAUGCCGCAUUUGCCGUGGGUACACCGGAUUGUAUCAGCCAUCUGUCCGAAGAAGUGCGCAAGCCGGAGACCAGAGUCCCUCAAGGUAUCAUGCUGCAAAUGCUGACCGCGUUCACCACCUCUUUCAUCUAUCUCAUCGCUCUGUUCUAUUCCAUCCAAGAUCUAGACGCCGUCUUUGCCAGCAGCAUUGGCUCCUUUCCGACAGCCGAGAUCUAUCGACAGGCCACCGGCUCUGACGCCGGUGCCGUUGGCCUGAUCGCCGUCCUCUUCCUCGCGACAUUCCCCACGCUGAUCGGCACCUUUGUGACCGGCGGCCGAAUGUGGUGGAGUCUUGCUCGCGACAACGCAACCCCCUUUGCGAAGUACUUCGCGCAGGUCCAUCCCCGAUUCAACUGUCCCGUGCGUGCGACCGUGGCCAUGAGUGCCAUGGUGACGUGUAUCGGCUGCAUCUACGUGGGCAGCACGACCGCCUUUCAAGCCUUGAUAUCCUCGUUCAUCGUCCUCAGUUCCCUUUCCUAUUUCGGCGCCAUCCUUCCCCAUGUUCUCUCCGGCCGCAGGAACAUGGUCCCCGGUCCAUUUUAUAUGGGACAGAGAUUAGGCAUGGCCGUCAACCUCACAGCGUUGGCGUAUAUCUUGGUGACCGUGGUGUUUUUCUCUUUCCCCCUCAUUCUCCCCGUGACCACACAGAACAUGAACUAUACAAGUGUCAUCAUUGUGGGUCUGAUGGCGUUGUGCGCGAUCUGGUGGAUCUUCCGCGCACGUCGCAACUAUCAUGGACCGCAGUACAGCUUCGAAGCCGCAGAGAGAUUGACUGCAUAUCAAACUGGCAAAGAAGGGCGGCGCUCAUUCAUCGACGUUGCCGACCCGAGCUCGGCGCCGCAUGGGCAGGAUCGGCAUCAAAGGAGCUAG